CUGGUGCAUUUUGCAGAUCUCUCUUUUCCUUCCUUCCUUCCUUCCUUCAACUUUCUCUGGAUCUGCAAAUGCGAAUUGUGUUCAUCUUCUUGCUCACCGGACUCUCGGCAUUUCAGUUUUCCAAGCUCAGUUCUAUGAUUCUGUUUUCUUGCCAGAAGGAAGCUUCCUCCUUGUAGUUUUGUUUAGAAUGAUUUGGAGAACGUAUUCUGGAGAGAAUGUAUGCAGCUUUAUUUCUUUGCUAAGGAACUAUGGAUGGUGACAGGAUAAUCUCUGCCCCUUCAGAUGGGCUUAGCAUCAGCAAUGGUGCUCAGAGAACACGAAAUCUUCAUGGGAGGACUACUGGCCCUACAAGACGUUCCACAAAGGGACAAUGGACUGCUGAAGAGGAUAAUCUCUGCCCCUUCAGAUGGGAUUAGCAUCAGCAAUGGUGCUCAGAGAACACGAAAUCUUCAUGGGAGGACUACUGGCCCUACAAGACGUUCCACAAAGGGACAAUGGACUGCUGAAGAGGAUGAGAUUCUGCGAAAAGCUGUUCAACGUUUCAAAGGAAAGAACUGGAAGAAAAUAGCGGAGUGUUUCAAGGACCGAACUGAUGUCCAAUGCCUACAUAGGUGGCAGAAGGUUUUAAAUCCAGAACUUAUCAAAGGGCCAUGGUCAAAAGAGGAAGAUGAAAUAAUAAUUGAGUUGGUGAAAAAAUUUGGACCAAAAAAGUGGUCCACCAUUGCUCAGCACUUAGCUGGUCGUAUUGGAAAGCAGUGUAGGGAAAGGUGGCAUAAUCAUCUUAAUCCUGCCAUAAACAAAGAAGCAUGGACUCAGGAAGAGGAGCUGGCUCUGAUUCAUGCGCAUCAGAUUUAUGGGAACAGAUGGGCAGAGCUGUCGAAAUUCUUGCCUGGAAGGACAGACAAUGCAAUAAAGAAUCACUGGAACAGUUCUGUGAAAAAGAAAUUAGACUCUUACUUGGCAUCAGGUCUGCUAGACCAGUUCCAGUUCCCUCUUGUUGUAAAUCGAAAUCAACACAUGCCUUCAUCUUCUUCAAGGCUGCAAAGCAAUGUGGAUGACAGUGCUCUCAAAGGUGGGACAGAAGCAGAGGAAAUAUCAGACUGCAGUCAGGAUUCUGCUAAAAUGGAUUGUUCUCUAUCUGCAAAUGACUUGGCGAUUGAAGUACAUCCAGGAGUCCAACUCCAGCAGACUGAAAUGACCAAUGCAGCACUGGACCAACACUCCUGUCCAGCAUCUUAUUCAGAACCUUAUUAUGCUUCUCUGGAUGAUAUCACCUUUUCCAUAUCAGACAUGCCCUGUGAAGCAGGGUACUCUUCCAAGUUUGCUGAGCAAAAUUUCUCUUGUGAUGGUGGAGCCCCUGCAAGUGUGGGUUACCAGUUUAAUUUACAGAAUCUAGCUAACAUGUCUUCAUUGGAAAUGGAUCAUGACUCGUCAGGAUUGGCAACUCACUGUAUGGGUGCUAGUGAAAAUCAUGAGGUGGAAAAUGUUCCAUUUCCAUCUAUUGUGCAGUUAAGUGCUCCUAAUUCUGUGGAAAAUAUGGUUGCAGGCACUGACAAACUAGAGCAUAUAUUGAUAACAGAUGAUGAAUGCUGUCGGCUACUAUUCUCAGAGACAGUUAAUGGUGGAUGUAUUCCUUCUAGAAAUUUUACCCAAGCCUCAAAUAUGGUUAACUUGGGUGGAUGCACAAAUUCACCACUUUCUAGGCCUUCAGAACGGAUAUCUGAAACUGGAAGAAAUUUUGAUCCACAGCCUAAUCUCCCUUCAAGAUCUGAUGUAUUGGAAACUUCAUGCUGUCAGUCUUUCAUGCCUGUACCUUCACUACUUUCAGCUGAGGGUUGUGCACUUAUAUGUAGUAGAGAACAUGGUGAUUGCCAAUUUGGAACUCAGGAGCAGGAUUCUAGUGAAAGGUUACAAGAUAGCUUUAUCCAUGCAGAUGACACUGCCAGUUCUCCAUGUAUUGAUACAGAUACCACAGGCCUGCAAGAGCAAUCACACAAUGCCAAGGAUUCUUUGAAGUUGAUUCCAGUAAAUGCUUUUGGUUCAGGAUCAGAUGUAAAUCAGUCCUGUCCUGUGGAUGAGAAGCCAAACACCCAUACUGAACAGGAUGCUGGAACCCUAUGCUAUGAGCCUCCUCGAUUUCCCAGUUUGGAUAUUCCAUUUUUGAGCUGCGAUCUUAUACAAUCUGGUACUGAUAUGCAGCAAGAAUAUAGCCCCCUUGGCAUUCGCCAGCUGAUGAUGAACUCUAUGAACUGUGUUACUCCAUUCAGAUUAUGGGAUUCUCCUUCUUGGGAUGAUAGUCCUGAUGCUGUGCUAAAAAGUGCUGCUAAAACUUUCACAGGCACGCCAUCUAUAUUGAAGAAACGCCACCGCGACUUGUUAUCACCUUUGUCAGAAAGAAGAAAUGAUAAGAAGUUGGAAACUGAUCUGACAUCCAGUUUGGCCAAAGAUUUUUCUCGUCUGGAAGUGAUGUUUAAUGAUGUUGAAACUCGAAAAGGCUCUCAGCUGCCUAGGUCAGAUGACCACAUAAACAACCCUUGUGAUCCACUUGACGAUAAAGAAAACCUCAGUCAUACUCUUGCAGGGGGACAAGAAAAUCGUAAAGAUUCCAUUGCACCACCCAAUGAUAAAAAGACUUUUUAUGGUGGUAAAAAGACCAAGGUUGAUGCUGAUGCUUAUCAAAUUCAGCAUACUGGAAUCCUUGUUGAACAUAAUAAAGACAAUCUGCUAUUGUUUUCUCCUGAUCAAGGUGGUCUUAAAGUAGACAAAACAUUUGCUUUAACUGCUCAAACUCCUACAAGUCAGCUUCAUAAAAUCUCUGGAGUUAUAUCUAAUCGAGCUCAUGCCUCCAAAAAUUCAUCUGAAAAUCCUUGUCUACUUGUUUGCUCUCCCACUGCAAGAACGAAGAACAGUGAGAAUCACUUAAUUGCUGUUACAUCAGUUGAAUGUACUACUUCAUCAGCACCUUUGGAGAGUAAAGUUAAUGGUGGAAAUGACACUGUUCCUGAAUAUUAUAACAUAUUUGGUGAAACUCCAUUCAAAAGAAGUAUUGACUCCCCAUCAGCAUGGAAGUCCCCUUGGUUCAUCAAUUCUUUUCUUCCAGGAUCAAUUGAGGUAUCACUGUGCUUCUGUUAGAUUUAUAGUGCCAUAAUACUUGGGAUUUCUCUACC